GGGCCGGGAUACAGCCCUCAGGAAGUUUAACCCAACUUUCCGCUGAGUCCGCGGGGCGCCGGGGGCGGUGUCCACGCUCGACUUUGAGCCCGGCGGCCGAGACCAGCAGGGCAACAACAGGCAAAAUGACAGCUGUGAGGUAUGAACAAGGGACCCAACCAAGAGAAUCAUCUGGCUAUCCAACAGCUGAAGAGGCCACAGUAAAGAUUGAUAAUGGUCGUGAUGAGCAUAAUGGAUCCGACAGCUUUUCCAAUGCAACUAGGAGAAGAGUUACCCCAUUUGUGAUGUCAUUUGGAUUCAGAGUCUUUGGAGUUGUACUUAUCUUUGUGGACAUCAUAGUUGUGAUUCUGGAUCUGGCUAUCAGUGAGACAGAGAAGGGUACAGAGAUUCCUGAGUUUGUUUCCCUGGCAAUAGCACUCUUCUUUCUCAUCGAUGUUCUCCUGAGGGUGUUUGUUGAAGGCUUCAGGAACUAUUUCCAGUCCAGACUGAAUGUUUUGGAUGCAUGUAUAGUGGUGGGCACCCUGUUAAUAAAUUUGAUGUACGCCUUCUUAGACCUUGAUGUAGAAGAGGAGAUACCAAGAAUGGUUAUUUUCUUCCGAAUUCUGAGAAUUGUCAUCUUGAUAAGAGUAUUUCUCCUGGCUUCACAAAAGCAGCAUCUGGAAAUGGUGACCAGGAGAAUGGUCUCUGAAAACAAAAGACGUUAUAUGAAAGAUGGCUUUGAUCUGGAUCUCACUUAUAUUACUGAUCGAAUUAUUGCAAUGUCAUUUCCAUCUUCUGGGAAGCAGUCUUUCUACAGGAAUCCCAUAAAGGAAGUUGCAAGAUUUUUGGACACCAAACAUCCAAACCACUAUAAAGUCUACAAUCUCUGCAGUGAGAAAGGCUAUGACCCCAAGUACUUUCACUACAGGGUGGAAAGGAUCUUCAUUGAUGACCAUAACGUCCCAACACUGCAGGACAUGCUGAAAUUCACUGCCAGUGUCCGUGAAUGGAUGAGUCAAGAUGAGAAGAACAUCAUAGUAAUUCACUGUAAAGGAGGAAAAGGCAGAACUGGGACAAUGGUCUGUACCUGGCUCAUAGACAGUGACCAGUUUGAGAGUGCAAAGGAAAGUUUGGAGUACUUUGGGGAGAGAAGAACUGAUAGAAGCACAAGUACCAAGUUUCAAGGAGUUGAAACUCCCUCACAGAGUAGGUAUGUUGGGUAUUACGAGAUCCUGAAAAACAAGUAUAACUUGAAGCUCCCACCAGAGAGACAACUCAAAAUAAAAAGCCUCAAAAUCCACAAUGUACAUGGAAUUGGGAAAGGCAAUGGAACUGAUUUGACGGUGCAGAUAAUAAUAAAGAAGCAAGUUGUACUACAGUGUGUAUGUGCCAAUCAAAAAAACUGCAAGCUCUUCUUUGAUUCUGAAAGUGACUCUGUAGUCAUUGGCUUGGAAGACUGCCCUGUCCUAAGUGGUGAUGUGAAAGUCAGAUUUGAAUGCAAUUCUGCUCUCCCAAAAGGCUAUGAUGACUGCCCGUUCUUUUUCUGGUUCAACACUUCCUUUAUUGAAAAUAACAGAGCAGCUCUGCAGUCACACUAUUUGACCUUGAAUCAACAAGGCAUUACAGAGCCAUCUUGGAUCUGAAAGCCACCAUUACCUGACCAAGGAAAGAACUGUCAGAUACCAAAGGUGCUUGCUGUUGCUGCAUACUCACAUUCCCAUUCUGUAUCCAGCUCCAAAGACAGAGUAUUGCACCAGUGUACUGUUUCAGUUUCCUACACUACCUUCCCUACAUCCAGCAUGACCGUGGUGCCUCAGUCACGUGAGAUGAUCCUAGGACCUCUGCACAUCUGUGGUCUACCUUCCAGGAUGAUCACAAAAGAUGGUGAAGAAGUGAAAUAUACUGCUAGUAGGCCUACCUCCUACAUUUCAAUGGGUAGGAAAAGGUAAGGGUUUUGUAAGGUGAGCAAGCUUUUGAACCUUAAAUAAAGACAUUUUUUAAAAGC